UUGAAGAUGGAGGAAGAUGAAGGGAAGAAAAUGAAGCAGUCGAAAUUCAAGAAGAUUUGUGUGUUCUGUGGGAGUAGCCCUGGAAAAAAGAAUAUCUAUAAGGAGGCUGCCGUAGAGCUUGGAAGAGAACUAGUAUCAAGAAAUAUAGACCUGGUUUAUGGAGGAGGCAGUAUUGGUUUGAUGGGUUUGGUCUCUCAAGCUGUUUAUAACGGUGGUCGUCAUGUUCUUGGAGUGAUUCCCAAGACAUUAAUGCCGAGAGAGAUAACUGGUGAAACAGUAGGAGAGGUGAAGGCAGUUGCAGAUAUGCACCAGAGGAAAGCUGAAAUGGCCAAACAUUCUGAUGCUUUUAUUGCUUUACCUGGUGGCUAUGGAACGUUAGAAGAGCUGCUUGAAGUCAUUGCUUGGGCUUAUCUUGGAAUCCAUGAUAAACCGGUAGGAUUAUUGAACGUGGAUGGUUACUACGACUCCCUCUUGAAAUUUAUUGAGAAAGCAGUGGAGGAAGAAUUCAUCUGCCCCAACGCCCCUCAAAUUUUUGUAUCAGCUCCUAAUGCCACCGAACUUCUAAAUAAACUCGAGGGCUACUUUCCCAGCCAAGAAAUUGUUACCUCAAAACUUAAAUGGGAAAAUGAGGAGUUGGACUAUUCCUCCGAAUCCCACAUAUCAUCAAGGUAGUUCUACUGGUUAUAUGUUCCUCCUAGAGAAGCAAAUGGGUGAUGGCUCCCUGUCAUCUCAGAAGACUAGCUUUAGAAAAAAUUGGAAUUUAACUUACUUG